AUGACAAGCAACCACCACAACGAUCAUUCUGAUUUCAUCUUCAAAGACUUGUCCGAAAUUCCAUCCAAACAAAAGAAGAAGGAAUGGAGUGCAUUGGAUUCAAUAAUGAGAUCUCCCAUUGAACAUGGUGGCCAUAUCACCAAUUGGGAAGAUUUCUCGUUCUUUUUUAAACACCUUUUGAAUGGUGAUGAUGAUGAUAAGGAUGAGGAUAAGGAUUUCAAUCACGCUUUACAAGAUGUUUGCAUGAUGAAGAAGGAAACUCAAAAGUUGGGAUUGAUCUGCUCCGAGCCUCCUCAACCAACCAAAUCCCAAAGAGAACAACUCGCUCAAUUGGUGUUUGAAGAACUCUCAAUGGCAUCCAUGUUCUCGUGUUGUGGACAUUUAUUGAGCAUGUUUGCUCAUGGAAUCACCACUGGAUGUGUCUUGGAUGUGGGUCAUACUCAAACCAGUGUCGUUUCGGUGUAUGAAGGUUUUGCUUUUCCUCACUCGGUGUCGGUCAGUCAUGUGUUGGGAGGAAGAGAAUUGACAGAACACUUGAAGAACAAGUUAAAGGAAAAAUACUCGGACAUGGAAUACUUGAAUGAUGAUGAAACAGUAAGGACGAUUAAGGAAAGUUGUGGUUGUGUAAAGCCAAAGUAUGAUGAGGUGAGAAGUGAAAAAACAACAACCUAUGAGUUGCCAGAUGAGGACAUUCAAGGCAUUGAUGAUUUGAUUCAACAUUGUAUUCAACGAUGUGAUAUUGACUUUCGUUUAACACUCUUUGAGAAUAUUGUACUGAGUGGAGGUUCCACCAUGUUCAAAGGAAUUGAUCAGAAAAUUGUUAAAGAGCUUGAAUACCGAAAUCAUCUCGAAGUUUGGAGUCGCAUUAAGGUUAAGAGCAAUGAGAACUUGGAACGAAAAAACUCAGCAUGGACAGGAGCGUCAAUCAUUGGAUCACUUUCAACCAUGAACAAUCUACUCGUCUCAAAGGAAGAAUAUGAUGAACAGGGCCCAGAUGUUGUUCAUGCAAAAAGUACAUUAUUUUGGGUUAAUGAGUAA